CAAAGCUAGGCAGUUAAGGACGAAGUAAAGAUCUAACAAUUUACUAUAAAGGCCCAUAGAUGGUGCUUUCAUAAAACGACACAGUGCCAUCUAUGGGCAAUAACUAGUCCUUCUACUUUACAAAGCGACAUCUAUACAGUACAUUCCGAACUAAUUUGCAAACCGAACUCACAUGUUGUCGGAGCUUUUUUGUACGGCAUUUCGAGCUUUGGCGCAGCUUUAGAGUAUGGCGGGAGCUUUUAGUCAAGUUUUAAUGUAGAUGGCGUUGUCUGUCACAAAUGCGAGUACAGUUGUUUAUUUUUAUUGGAUAGUGAAUUGUUAGUUCACGAUGAGGUUUGUUUUUAGGUUUCUAUGUAGAUUGUUUUGUAUCCAAGUUAGGUUUUUUUGUAUGAUAUGAUACAUAACGUAUGUUUUUCACUUUUUGUCGAAGAAUAGAAUUAAAUAUAUCUAAAUGUAUUUUAUUUUUAGUAGGAGUCGAUUCGUUAUUCCAAAAUACAGUUUUUCCUUAAGUUAUGAUAAAAAAUGUGCUUAAUAAAGUUAAUUGUACUAAAACUUGAAUCAAUCCUAAUGAGACCUAAUUUGUCCGUUGCUUGCAAGCUUCACACGCUAAUUUCCUCCCCGUACUUUUAAAUGCAUUAUUUACUUUUCAAUUGUUCCAAUUUUUAUUCUCAUUAGACAAACAAAAUCCAUUAUGAAACGUAAUUAAUAUUAAUUAGAGCAACUCUGCACAUCCUAUGGGCACCAUACAAUGUAUCACCAUGACGUAUGGGGUAAGUUCAGUAUACCGCGGAGAGUCGCGUCGCGCGCACGUGCACUCACUCGUUCAACAGUCUCUCAAAAAACAUCGCGUUUUGAGUGAAUGAAGUUUUUGUGAAAUAAACAGUGAUGUUUUGGACACGGAGCUGGCGGAUUUCAUUUGUUUUUGUCAUGUGUGUCAGAAGUGUAACGAACGAUCCUGAACACACAACCAAAGAAACCAGACCGGAGUAUAUUCACCCAGAUGGUUUGCUCAGCUUUGAUCCUUACCUCUCCGACUUCAAAGCUGAGAGCGAAGAGGAAGACGAUUACAUCCCGUUACCUGAAAACGAUGAAACGAUAGACGGCCUACCUAUAUUCCUUUUAGAACCUAAGAAUUCUUAUGUCCUUAGAAAUAGACCAGCAAACUUGCUAUGUAAAGCAGCUAAUGCUCUUGAAGUAUACUUCAAAUGUAAUGACGUAAGAAUUGAUAAGACUGUACAGUUAGAACACGUUGACCCUCAUAAUGGAGUCAGGGUUGUAGAAGCAGAACUUAAUGUUACAAAGAAUGAGCUUGAUGGGUCCAACAAGAAGUACAGCUGUGAGUGCUACGCGUGGAACAGUAAAGGCAGGAUAAGAAGUCAAGGAGUCCUCAUUGAAUAUGCAUAUAUAAAGAAGCAAUUCCUGCAGCAACCCCUAUCAUCUACUGUGGAAUCUGGCAGAUCUGUGACCUUUAGAUGUGUUCCUCCGCCGGCAGCACCGCCGCCUACCGUCAAGUGGACUAGGAAUGGAGUCACUAUUGAGCCUACUGUUGAAACUCUUGUGUUGCCUAAAGUUGGCCUUCAGGACAUGGCGAACUACACUUGCGUGGCGGAAAACAUCGCCGGGCGUCGGGAAUCCGACGUUGCUGUUUUGUCUGUCUACGUGAAUGGCGGUUGGUCAGAAUGGUCACCGUGGGCGCCGUGCCGCUGCGGUUCUGCUACGAGCGGGCGGCGGCGCGUGCGCAGCUGUACCGAGCCACCCCCCGCCAAUGGCGGCGCGCACUGCAGGGGACACUCCUCACAGAGCGACGAGGACUGCGUUACUUGUCAAAAUGCUGGUUCCUGGUCACCAUGGGGCUCGUGGUCUACCUGCAGUGGGGAGUGCGUUAGGAUCCGCAGAAGACAGUGCUCUGGCAACAACUGCCAGGGAUCCACACUACAGCACGCUGCCUGCGUCGAUGGGAUGUGCACCACUGGCAUGAGAUUCUACACAAACAACACCACAUUAUACGUUGGUAUUGGAAUCACCAUCGCCAUGCUCAUCGCUGGCGCCGCCAUCAUGUAUGUGUGGUGCAAAUAUAAAGGCAGGCCUGGGUACUCGGCAGGAAGAAUCGCAGAACCAUUUACACAACACCUAGGUAUACCAAAGCCCGCUUCAGGCAGGGACAAGGGCAACGCGGCGCCGGACCUGACGCGGACCUGCAACGAGUACUGGAUGCACGGACCUGAUAACCAUUAUGACAUGCCUCAUGUCAGAGACAGCUAUUCAUCCCCAUUUGGGAACCGGAGUAGACAUCAGUCGUCAGCUGGAAGUAACCAUUACGAGAUGAAGCCUUACAGCCCUUCCGGGGAGUCGGCGUCCAGUUGUUACACCAACUCUCGAACAAUGACAUCCAGGUCAAGUGAAUGUUCAUCACAGCUCGCAGAGCUGGUGACAGCGUCCCCUACCUCACUGUCGAAGGUAGAUGUAGCGGUGACACUCCCCACAGGACACCUGGACACCAGCUAUAGAGAUAAGAUCUGUCUGACUAUUGUAAAGUAAUUUGGAAAUUGUAAUUGUUUGGAACUAAUGGGUAUCUGGAAUAAGUAGAAACGGUCUAAAGUAGAUUCUACUCGAAAGUUAUCCGAUUUAUUCAUUGAAUUUUCAGCGACAUUUAGUCUACUAGCAAAUAUCGAUUAAAACGAUCUGAAACGAAAAGUCGUGACAAAAAUCACACGCUGCCCUACUGCUGACUAACUAAAUUUCUUUUUUUUCCUACACCCUUUUUUGUACCUUUUAAUUAGUUCAGAUGGAAUCUGGCUAUUUUCUAACGUAAAUUUUCAUUCUUUUCCUGGAAUAGAUACGUAAAUGUUGUAGAGACCGGGGUAAGAAUCCCAUUAGUUCCGUAGUACGUGCCUAGCAACAGGAUCGAUUCGACCUAAUAUAUUAUCAUCGAACCGUUCUCUAGCCUUAUUUAUUAUUUUCUUUUUUAUUUGUGGAUAUUAAAUACGUUUUUUAUAUCGUUUGUGUUUUAAAUUGUUUUAUAGAUUAGAAUAAGUUUUGGUUUAAGAAAAAUGUUAACCUUUAAUACUGAUAUCUUCUGUAGAUACUCGGGUUUUUUAAAGAUAAUUGACGUCAAAAUGAUUUUAAUUUCAGAGAAAAAAAAUAAACAUAAAAAUAAAAUUUUACUGGAGCUACAAGCUUUUUAGCCGAAAAUGUAGCAUCAAAAAUACUAUGUAAAAACUAGUGUCUAUACGAAAUAACUAGAUAGCAUGUUACAAAGGCCUAUUUUGUAGAAAUAAAACAAAACAUUCGAUUUUUUUUUGGCAACGCUUGAUAUAUAUGUGCGAAAGAGUAGGUUUCUUUAUAAGUACAGUUUCACCUAUAAUCGUGUAAGAAGAUAAUAUUAUAACGUUUUGUUGUAAGACUGAUUGAUUCAAUGAAAUAACUGCCAUUUUGAUACGCAUUUACGAUGAUUGUUUUAUAAUUAGGCUUUUUAUAAUUAUGUAUGAUAUUAAAAAUAUUAAAAUGUAUUUAAAGAAAAUAUUUUGGAAAUACAACAAGGAAUGAAAUCAAAGUAGGUUUACAAGAACGGUUUUAAUUAAACUGUUGAAAUUAGGUACUGGAUAUCCAUUAAAA